GAGGUUUAAGGUUUCCGCGUUAAAGAGAAUGGAUAAAAAUAAGCCCCACUAUGCUGUAGUAGCGGGACUGUGUGCCUCUUUUUCCAGUUUGUUCGGCAAAUUAACAUCUAACAGCGAACGUGUUGCACAAAACAUUGGCCUACCAGGAUGGCACCUACUGGCACAGGUUCUAUGUGUGGCCGUCAUGAUCCUGCUCAACGCUUGCGUGUGGCGGUUUUUCGUUAAAGCCCUCCACACGGGCUCCGGAUCAUCGCUGGUGGCUUCACUGGCCAGUGCGGCAACGAAUUAUGUCGCCUCGGCAAUUUUAGGAUGGCUUAUUUUCGAUGAACAAACGACCAUCGUUUGGUGGAUCGGCACCUCGCUCGUGCUCGCUGGAUUGCUUCUACUCAUCACCGGAACUGACCAGGAAGAUCAGCAGCGAAAGAGGUCGGAUGGGAAAGUGGAAUAA